UGGAGGCCGGGAGGGGGCGCCCGCAGGGUCCCCAGAGGGAGGAGAAAAGACUUUGUCCCAAGUUUUCGCGGAGCUUCCUCAUCCCCGCUGCGAUCGGCGUCCCAAUCCCCCUACGGCCCCCCAAUUUUCAGACACCCCUUGCGGUCCCGCCCCCUUUCGGAACUCCUGGGGGCCCUUGGACUCCCGCCCAACUUCUCUGCCGCUAAAAAUCUCUUUUAUUCCUCCACCGCCCCCCGACCCAGGCCCGCGGGACCCCUACCAUGGCCCGGUCUUACGGGGGCCGGGUGCUGGCCGCGAUGACCCUGCUGGGCAUCCCGGCGGCGGUGCUGGCGGCGCUGGGAGCGCAGCUGCUGUUCCAGCUGCAGGCGGGCCGCGCGGAGCUGCGGGGAAUGCGCGCCGACGGGCUGGGCCCGGAGCUGGACGCCGGCCCAGGGCUGCCCGAGGACGCGGCCGGGGCGCUGCUGCCUCUGGCCGCCGCGCUUGCUGCGCUCGCCCUGGUGUUGGGCCUCACCAGCCUUCUGCUCGCCGCGCUCUGCGGCCACCUGGGCGCCGAACUGGCGCGGGGGCCGGGUCCCGGCAGGUCUGACUGGUUUCUCUAUGACUGCCGCCUCCUCAGACACGUGGCCCUUGGCCUCUUCUGCUGCGGGGUCUCUGUCUACUUAGCAGCACUGUCCAUCUACGCCCUGCUGCUCUUUGAGAUCGAGACAGGUGCAGCCGCCGCCUCCAUCCUCGGAGUGGGUGCUCUGGUCCUCGUGGCGGCACUGACCCACACUCUGGUCCGAGCUGCCCGGGCCACCCGCCGUGGCCUCCACGAACUGUCCCCACCGCACUUUGAAGAGGAUCCUGUCCGUCCUGCUGAAGUCUCCAAGGCCAGCCCCAGGGCUCAGCCCCAGCAGGGUACCCACCACCGGACCCCCUACUCAUCCUUCCCAGAACCUGGGGACCCCGUCAGACCCACGGGUGCUGCUACAGCGCCUACUGCCAAGGGAGGAGGCUGGGAGGGCAGCCUGCCUUUAUCCCGCAUGCACCGGACACUGUCAGCUGGCAGGGGGCACUGGGAAGGGAUCACCCAUGAGAUGCGCAGCAUGCUGGGCCACAGGCCAGGGGGCUCAGGGAAGGACUCCACCCUGGUGUGAACCCAGGGACCAGGGACAGAGACCUGGGAUCAGGCAGCAGGAAGAGGAUUCUGUAAAGAUAAGUCUAGGCUCAGCCAUAGUAGCAGUAUGACUUGAUUUCUCAGUUCACAGCAUCCCUGGUUUUUGUCCUGAAGGUUGCUUCAUGGCACAAAAUGGCUGCCAGGGCUCCAGCCUUCAUCUCCUCUCAGAGGGAAAGGCAGAGGCCAGGGCAGGCUCGGUAUCUUCUGGAAAUCUCCCCGGGAAGCCUGGGGGCCCUCCUGUUUAUACCUCACUGGCGAGAACAGUCACAUGGCCACAUCUCGUGGCAGGGGAGGCUGGGAAAUGUAGCUAUCCAGAUGUUAUAGGCAGGAGGGAGGGUUGGGCUUAUGCCGUGGUUCUCUAAAUGUCUCCAUCCAUUUUACAGAUGAGGAAACCGAGGUCCAGAGAGGGGCAGUGACUCACCAGGAGUCCCAUGGCCAAUACUGAGCAUCAGAGGCAGGAUUUGAACCUGGGUUCUGUAACCCCCGUGCUGCUGACAGUGCAAGUCUCAGACUCUGCAACGUCUUCCGGGCUGUGAGCAUUUGAAAUCUGUGUGUGCUGAGCUUAGAGCAACCCAGGGCCACGGGUAAACCUGAGGGGCUGGACCCAGACUUCUGGCUGUGGCAGAGACUUCGCUGCUCUGUGUCUCACUUUCCUUGUCUAUAAAAUGGGGACAGAGGCAGCUUCUUCUCCUAGGGCUCCUGGGAGACUCGGUGUAAGCCAUUCCAGGUGCCUGUGCACAGUAGGUCCUCCACGUAUGUCAACCUGUGCCAUUGUCAGUCGGGUGGGGUGCGUGGUGGCAGGAAAAGGCGGGGUUGAUGACCACUUUCUGGGGCUCACGAAACUGACAAGGCUUGGAGUGGAUAACUCAGAGCCCUCAGGGUCUCCAGAGGCCCUGGCCCCCCUCCUGUUCUGCACGACCCUCAAAUAAACUCCGACCCUCACUA